AUGUUGUCCUCAGUAGCUGCUUCUUCUCUUCUUUUUCUCCUUGGCGCCGCCAGUGUCAAUGCUCAGAGACAAAGCCUUUGGGGCCAGUGUGGUGGAAUUGGCUGGACCGGUCCGACCCAGUGCGUCGACGGUGCCUACUGCUCCCAGCUGAAUCCGUGGUAUUAUCAGUGUCUCCCUGGCGGCGGGCCGUCCACGUCGUCGACGCCCACGACCACCAGCCAAACCGCGCAGCAACCCACGACUCUCAGCACCUCAAUCGUCCCCACGACUACGACCUCAGGUCCGACCACUACUUCGGCUGCUCCCGGCGGUGGCAGCACCUCGUGCCCUGCCAUCCCCAACGGCCUGGGUAGCCCGGUCUCUAACCAGCUGAACGACCCCUUCACUUUCCACGGAGGCAGCAAGGUCACCAGCAAGGCCGACUGGACAUGCCGUCAACGCGAGAUCAGCGAGCUCUUGCAGCGCUAUGAGCUGGGCACCCUCCCGCCCAAGCCCCAGUCGGUGACUGCCAGCUUUUCUGGCAGCACCCUGAGCAUCACUGUCACGGACAAUGGCAAGUCCAUCUCUUUCUCUGUCAGCAUCAGCAACCGGCCCGCCGGCGGUGGUCCUCACCCAGCUAUCAUCACCUUUGGCUCGUUUGCCAGCAUCCCUAUUCCUUCUGGUGUGGCCACCAUCAGUUUCAACAACGACGAGAUUGCCCAGCAGCAAGGCGGCUCCUCGAGAGGUCGCGGCAAGUUCUACGAUCUGUAUGGCAGCAGCCACUCCGCUGGUGCUUUGAUGGCUUGGGCCUGGGGCGUUUCCCGCAUCAUUGAUGCCCUAGAGCUCACCCAGGCCCAGACCAACAUCGAUCCGACUCGCAUCGGUGUCACGGGCUGCUCGAGGAAUGGCAAGGGCGCCAUGGUCGCUGGUGCUUUCGAGCCACGCAUUGCCCUCACCCUGCCUCAGGAGUCGGGCGCCGGUGGCUCUGGAUGCUGGCGUAUCGCCAACUGGCAGAAGAAUCGCGGUGAGAAUGUCCAGACCUCAACGCAGAUCGUCCAGGAGAACGUCUGGUUCUCUCCCAACUUUAACAAUUACGUUAACAACGUCGAUGCCCUUCCCUUCGAUCAUCACCUGCUCGCCGGUCUUAUUGCUCCUCGCGCUCUCUACGUCAUGGAGAACGUCGACAUGGAGUGGCUUGGCAAGGUGUCAACCUACGGCUGCAUGGGCAUUGCUCGGAAACAGUGGCAGGCUCUUGGCUCUCUUGAUACCUUCGGCUACUCACAAGUUGGCGGUAACUCCCAUUGCAGCUUCCCCAGCUCGCAGCAGGGCAGCGAGCUCAAUGCUUUCAUCGGCAAGUUCCUACUCAAGAAUCCCAACGCCGGCAACACCAAUAUCUUCCGCACUACCGGAAACCAUAACUUCAACCUCGACUCAUGGAGCCCAUGGGCUGUUCCGACUCUGUCUUGA